AAUGAGAAAGUAAUAUUCUAAAGAAACUGUUAAACCAGUAGUAACCUUUAAGUACGAGUUAGAAGUGAUUAUUUUCUCGAAGGAGGAACUCUCUACUCUCGCACCAUCCCUCGAACCAGAAAGAUUUGCUAUUUUUCCUUACCCCACUUAAAUUUUCUAUCAUCGAGGAAACUAACAACCACAUUUUAAUUUCAGUCAAUGAAAGAAAGCGCAGAGAUAACGAUCCUUCCGUAUUGCUGGCUGGCCGUGUGCAAAGCUUUCUUUGGACGUUACCCGAAUCCCUAUGCUCGUCACGUAGUGUCGGAGGACACGGUGCACCAAGAAGUUAAAGAUGGCAAAUACUUAAGCAAGAGAAUCUUCUGCAAAACCGCGACGACCCCGUUACCCAAUUGGAUCCAAAGAAUCGUUAAGAAACCUCAGGUAGUGAUACUGGAGGAGGCUAGCAUCGAUCUGUGCGCGAAACGUUUGAUCUCGUUAACGAGAAACCACGAUCACAGAAAGCUGGUGGUCGCCUCGGAAACAACCGUGUACAUACCCAGCUAUUUCGAUCCGAACAAAACUGUGAUGACGAGACGAACGACCGUUAGAUCGCCUUUGAACGGUAUCACGGGACGAAUGAUCGAAAGAUUUUGCCACGCGGGCGCGAUCAAAAACGCCAAGCUAGCUGUACAGGGAUUUUUGCACAUCCUCGCGCGGAACGAUGGAAGAUCAACACGAAAACAGGAUACUAUUUUCGGUUAAUUUCAUAUUAUUGCUUUACCUAAUUUACAGCACGUUACAUUUGUUAGUCUUCUUGUUCGAUUAUUUUUUAUAGAGGAUUAAAUUCUAGUCUCACGAAAUCGUGAUACACGUUUGUAAAUUUUAUUCGCAUAAGUUUACGAGCAUUACCUUGAAGGUGAAUUAGUAUUGUUUUAUACGUGCAUGUACAAGGACUUGUGAAGUAGAUUAACUUUUCUGUCUCAAAU